CUCUUCUCUCUCUGCCGUUAGGGCUCCUUCUGCUACAUUUCUACUCUCGCUUCUCUCUCUACAAGCCGUAGGAAGGUCCACUCAAUGGCGGUUUGUUGAUUCUCGAGCGCCCAUUCUUCACUCAAAGGACUUAAUAUAUAAGGCUCAAUCGAGGUUUCAAUCUUCAUUUAGAGAAAGUGACGUUUUAUUCAUUGGAACAUUGGAACAUUGGAACUUGAUCUAAGCUAGGUUGAAAUAUAACUUGUCUGAUGGAGACUGUGGAGAUCAAAACAGAGCGCCGAGGAAGAAAGAGGAGAAGGAAGGAUAACCCUGAUGAUGCAGAAGAGCAAAUGGGGAAGAAACAAGUGCUUGGAGCCAGGUCUCAGGCAUUUGUGGGGAGAUACAUAAAAAAGAAAUUUGCUGGUAGUAGAGUUUAUAUUGGUAAGAUUGUAUCUUAUGAUAGUGGAUUAUAUCGAGUGGAGUAUGAAGAUGGGGAUUGUGAGGAUUUGGAUAGCAUAGAAGUCAGAAAGUUCAAUAUCAGGGAUGAUUGUUUUGAUGAUGAAUUAAUAAAGAAGAGGCAAAAGCUAGAUAAAUUUCUGUCAAGGAAAAAGAUUAAGGUAAAGGAUGCGGCAGAUGAGACUACACCUGUUUCAAUUGAUGACCUAAAGACAAGUGAAGCUGCAAGACAAAGUGGGUUAAGUACAUCUACACCUAACGAAAAUGAUGGAGAUGGAGAUGAUUUGAGUGACUCAUGUGAGCACUCUCAGGACCGUGAUUCUGGUUCUAAUGUUGAAUUUCCAUCAAUCCCGCCUCCAGAUUUGCCACCAUCAACUGGCAAUAUUGGAGUUCCUGAGGAAUAUGUUUCACACCUAUUUUCUGUGUAUACCUUCUUACGAUCAUUUAGCAUUCGCCUAUUCUUAAGUCCAUUUACACUUGAUGAUUUAGUUGGAUCUCUUAAUUGCACCUUCUCAAGUACCUUAUUGGAUUCUAUUCACGUAGCACUGAUGCGUGCAAUAAGGCGGAAUCUUGAAACUCUUUCUACUGAUGGUUCUGAGCUUGCUUCAAAAUGUCUGAGGUAUAUUAAUUGGAGCUUGCUUGAUACAUUAACUUGGCCUGCUUUCUUGGUUCAAUAUUUAAUGGUAAUGGGUUCCGCAACUGGACCUGAAUGGGAAGGAUUUUAUAUUGAUGCAUUGGAGAGAGACUAUCAUGCCUUGCCUACUGGCAGAAAGCUGAUGGUCUUACAGGUAUUGUGCAAUGAUGUUUUAGAUUCAUCGGAACUACGUUCAGAAAUCGACACGCGGGAAGAAUCUGAAGUUGGAUUAGAGUCUGAUGCUGUUGCAGCAACUGUCAAUGAAAGUGUGACAAAAAGGGUUCAACGUGGGCGCCCUAGAACUUCUGGUGGCAUAAAUGGAGCUGUGAAAUCCUCACUGGAAACUGCUCAACCGAAUUCUUAUAGCUCUACGUUGUCCAUUCCUAAAGCUACGGAUGUCAACGCAGGUGAUGAUGUUGAGGAUGAUGGUAAUGGUGAUGAGUGCAGGCUAUGUGGUAUGGAUGGAACAUUACUGUGUUGUGAUGGAUGUCCAUCAGCUUACCAUUCAAGAUGCAUUGGCAUAAAUAAAAUGUUUCUUCCUGAAGGACCUUGGUUUUGUCAGGAAUGUACAAUCAAUAAGAUUUACCCAAUAAUUGUGACGGAAACAUCUCUAAGGGGCGCUAAAAGUUUUGGUAUUGAUCAAUAUGGGCAGUUGUUCGUGGGUACCUGUGACCAUUUAUUAGUGCUGAAUACUUUGGUCAAUUCAGGACUAUGUGUGAGGUACUACAACCAGAAAGACAUUCCUAAGGCCUUGGAAGCACUCUGUCUAUCUAUCCCCUAUAUUGAUUUGUACUUAGAAAUCUGUAGAGCAAUUGUGCAAAACUGGAAUCUUAAUCAAGAUCUUUUGGCUUUUAUGGAAAGAAUUGAAAUGGUUAAGAAUUCAGCUGGUUUAAAUGGUAAUGGUCAAAUGUCAGUUCCAUUACCGUUUGAUGAUGAAAGCCAAAGAUCUUGUGCAGUUGAAAAUGAGAACGCGGCAAAUUCUUUAACUACGAAUAGUAAUUUGAAACACGUCCAUUUGGUUACUCCUUCCAUGGAGCUUGUUUCAAGCAAGACUUCUUCACAUAAUAUCAUUCCAGCAGAACUUGCUUUUCCUUUUGAUAAUGCCGUGCUACCCAAGCAGUCAAAAGUGGAUAACAUGUCCUCUAGUUCACUUGUGCAGCAGGCCUACCCAUUUGGCCUGUCCUAUCAAAGGGUACAGGAAAAAUCGAAUAGCAUAGAACAUACUUCUGGUUCAAGGAAUACAAAUGAAAAUUCCAGGACAUAUGUGAAUGGGGCUACAGUAAAUGUGCAUUCCCAGGCUCAUAUGCUCAAUGGACCAUUUAGUGGAAAAAAUCAUAAGUAUUUAUCUGAUUGCAUCUACAUGGGAUUGCAGUUUAAGUGUCAUGCCUAUAUAAAUCAUUACACCCAUGGUGAUUUUGCUGCAUCUGCUGCAGCAAAUCUUGCAGUUGUUAUGUCAGAAGAAAACCGGACUUCUGGGCUACAAGCUUCUGAUCGGAAAGUUGUUUCUGCAAGCAUAUCUUUACAAGUCAAAGCAUUCUCUUCAGCAUCCAUUCGUUUUUUCUGGCCUCAUUCUGAGAAGAAGCUUGUGGAUGUUCCAAGAGAAAGGUGUGGCUGGUGCUUUGCUUGCAGGGCUGCCGUUACAAGCAGGAGGGGAUGCUUGUUAAAUGCAGCUGCCUCUAAUGCUAUUAAAGGGGCUACCAAAAUCCUUUCUGGCCUUCGUCCUGUAAAGAGUGGAGAAGGGAGUCUUCCUUGUAUUGCUACAUAUAUUAUGGUGAUAGAGGAGAGUUUAUUUGGUCUGACGGUUGGCCCCUUCCAGAAUGCAAAUUACAGACAACAAUGGCGCAAGGAACUUGAACAGGCUAGUACCUGUAAAGCUAUAAAGUCAGGUCUGCUUGAGCUUGAGGAAAAUAUUCGGGCUGUUACUCUUUCUGUUGACUGGAUUAAGCUUGUUGACAUCUUGUCAGUUGAAUCAUCUGCUUCCCAUAAUGUUACCCAUGUUUCUGGAUCAACUCAGAAACGUGGUCCUGGAAGAAGGGGGAGGAAACCUGCUGCAGCAUCUGAAGUAACAGAUGAUGAUAGCAACAACAAGUUAAAUGUCUUCCUUUGGUGGCGAGGAGGGAUGCUGUCUAAACUGAUUUUUCAGAGAGGGCUUUUGCCUUCCUCUAUUGUCAGGAAAGCUAGUCGCCUAGGUGGUUCUAGAAAGAUACCUGGUAUUCAUUAUACUGACGAUUCUGAGAUUCCCAAGCGAAGUAGACAACUUGUGUGGAGAGCAGCUGUUGAAAUGAGUAAGAAUACAUCGCAGCUUGCACUCCAGGUGAGAUACCUAGAUCUCCAUAUAAAAUGGGGUGAUCUUGUUCGCCCUGACCAGAACAUUCAAGAAACAAAAGGUGCAGAGUCUGAAGCUUCUGCUUUUAGAAAUGCCUUUGUUUGUGCUAAGAAGGUUUUGGAUGAUAGAAUUAUUUACGGAGUAGCUUUUGGAAAUCAAAAGCAUCUUCCUUCUCGUGUCAUGAAGAGUAUCAUAGAAGUGGAGCAAAGGGAAUCUAAAGAGGAAAUUUAUUGGUUUCUUGAAACUGGAAUUCCUUUGUACUUGAUCAAGGAUUAUGAAUGCAAAACAGGGAAUGCAUGUCUACCAUUAACUCACAAAUCUGUGAGUGUGUUUUCUAAGUUACAGAAAAACCAACUAAAAGCAUCUCGUAAGAAUAUAUUCAACUAUCUAACCCGUAGAAGAGACAAUUUGGACACAUGCUAUUGUGCAUCAUGUCAAACAGAUGUUUUACUUGGGAGUGCGGUCACUUGCCGUUCAUGCCAAGGUUUUUGUCAUGAACGAUGUACACUCAGUUCAACAAGAACUAGCCUGAAAGGCGAAGUUGAGCACUCAGUCACUUGCAAAAAAUGUUACCGUCCCAAAGAUCUGCCCCUAAAAGAAAGCAACAAUGAUUCUCCAAGCAGUCCUUUGUUUUUGCUGAGGCAAGACUAUCAUCAGAAAGCAGAAUCCGUCGCUAAAAGUGCCAAGCAAAAGAUCCAUGCUCCACUGCCACAACCAUUAGCAUUUGUUGAAAAUACCAGAAGUCCUGUGGAGACGAAAUCGGCCAACGACGAGUCUAUUUUGAGCAAAAGCAGACGCAAGAUAUGUUCAUGGGGUUUGAUUUGGCGAAAGAAGAACACGGAUGAUUCUGGUACGGAUUUCAGAUUGAAGAACAUUCUCCUUAAGGGCAGUUCUGAUACUAGUUGGGCUGGAUCCAUUGAAUGUCACCUUUGUCACUCGCCGUACAAUCCUAAUCUCAUAUAUAUUCGCUGCGACACUUGUGGAAAUUGGUAUCAUGGUGAUGCUGUUGAGCUUGAUGAGUCAAAAAUUUUCGAGUUACUUGGAUUUAAGUGUUGCAGGUGUCGCAGGAUAAGAUCGCCCCUUUGUCCAUAUCUGGAUCUAAAGAAACGGAAAGAAUUAGAAUCCAAGAGGACACGAACACGGGUCCAUAAGCAAGGAAAUCCCGGCGGGUCAGACGCUGAUGUCAUCAUCACCGGUGCUUCUCAACUGCAGAAGGAGGCCACAGUCGGAUAUUCAGACUCUGAACCUGCAACUCCAGCAUUACAAAACAAUAGUAUAUUUUCUGCAAGGCAGGAUGAUCAUAUCCUUGUUUCUAAUACAAAAUUCCCGCAAUUCUCUGAGGAGUAUGAAGCGGACGCCUCUUCCGUUGGAUUUGUAAAUGGCCCAAAGAAGCUGCAAGUGAGAAGACAACUGAGGCGGGAAGGCAGCCAACAUAUUGACGAUGUUUCUUCAACAGGUAACGAUGACGGGUCAAAUUUUGCUGUUCCUAAUGAUGAGACGAUGAAUACAAAUAACGGGGGAUCGUUGGCUUGUACGGAUUGGGAGAUUUCUGAGGAUGGGUUUCAAGAUGAAUUAGGAUUGGAUUAUGAUGGGAUGAAUUACGAGGAUAUGGAAUUUGAACCUCAGACGUACUUCUCCUUCACGGAGUUGCUGGAUACAGAGGAGGAAGGUGGCGGCCAGGUGGCUGCAGAGGUGGCAAAUGGAGACGAAGAAGCAUCUGGAGUUGAAUGGCGAAAUACAGAGGAUGGUGGUGGUGGUGGCGGCCAAGAUGAUCAAAUGAUGAUGAUGCUGGAAUGUGGAGUUGAUGAAGUACAGAGUAAUAAUAAUAUAGGGUUUCCAUGUAAAAUGUGCUGUCAAGAAGAUCCAGUUCCAGAUCUUCGUUGCGGAAAUUGCGGGUUAAUCAUACACAACCAUUGUUCUCCGUGGGUUGAGGAAUCGGCUUUAGAUUGUAACUGGAGGUGUGGUCAUUGUCGCGACUGGCGAUAGUUGAAUGAGUUUUAAUUUUUAUUUUAUUUUUUGUGGUGAGUUCAUCUGUCGGUUAUAAUCAAAGGUUUGGUUGGUUGUGGGGUUGGAUUGGUUGUUUUGACCUAGACGAAUUGCAAUGUGCCCGCCAACCAGUCUGGCCGAAGAAGAAGAAGUAUGUAUUUUGCUAGCCAGCCAGCCAGCCAUAGUUCUGCUGCAGUGGUUACAGGUCCAAGGCCAAGUUUUCUUUAAAUGAUGAUAUGGAAAAGACCUAUUCAUGAACAUUUCAUUGAACAGAGAUAGAUGAUACACUGGUAUUUUGAUGCUUGCCAUAAAAAAAAGAUUAUAUCUUCUUUCUUUUUUUGCUAUUUCAUGUUGAGAUGGAUUUUGGAGGGAUAACCAUAUAUUUUUUCUUUUCUUUU